UGCGGGCGCUGAGUCUCCGCGCAGGGCAGGCGGUGCCGGCGGCUGCCAGUCCCCGGCCGAGCGGCCGCGCACGCCAUGCAGUGCCUGGGUGCCGAGUACCGGGUUUCUGCAGACAAAACUCCCAGGCAAAGAGAGUGGCGACCCCAGAUUUAUAGGAAAUGCACGGAUAAGACAUGGCUAUUCGUGUUCUUUCUGUUUUGGACUGGCUUGAUGUUCCUCAUGGGCUACUCGGUGGUGGCUGGCGCCGCUGGAAGGCUGCUCUUCGGCUACGACAGCUUUGGCAACGUGUGUGGCAAGAAAAACUCCCCAGUGGAAGGGGCUCCUCUCUCAGGGCGGGACAUGACCCUGAAAAAACACGUGUUCUUUAUGAAUUCCUGCACCCAGGCAAUCAGAGAUGAAAGGCUCGGUCCCACUGCCCUCUGCGUAUCCAGCUGUCCGGAGGAGCAGCUCGACACCCUGGAAGAAGUCCAGCUCUUCGCAAACACCAGUGGCUCCUUCCUGUGCAUCUACAGUCUGAAUCCCUUCAAUUAUACCCAGAGUCCAAAUGCAGACUCAUUGUGCCCCACGCUGCCAGUUCCUCCAAGCAAGCCUUUUCCCUUGCUCAGCCGCUGUGUCCCGCAAACACCUGAGUGCUAUUCCCUGUUUGCGUCUGUUUUGAUAAAUGAUGUCGACGCCCUCCAGCGCGUUCUGAGUGGAAUCAUGUCAGGAAGAGACACAAUCCUCGGCCUGUGUAUCCUCUCCUUAGCCUUAUCUUUGGCCAUGAUGUUCACCUUUCGAUUCAUCACCACCCUUCUGGUUCAUAUCUUCAUUUCCUUGGUUAUUUUGGGAAUGUUGUUCGUCUGCGGCGUCCUGUGGUGGCUUUAUUACGACUACACGAACGGCCUCAGCAUAGAGCUGGCCACCGAGAGGGAAAACAUGAAGUGUGUGCUGGGGUUUGCCAUUGUGUCCACGGUCCUCACGGUAAUCCUGCUCGCCCUGAUUUUUGUGUUCAGGAAGAGAAUCAAGUUGACGGUGGAGCUUUUCCAAGUCACAAAUAAAGCCAUCCGCAGCUUUCCAUUCCUGCUAUGCCAGCCGCUGUGGACAUUUGCCAUCCUCCUUUUCUUCUGGGUCCUCUGGGUGGCCGUGCUACUGAGCCUGGGAACUGCAGGAACUGCCCAGGUGGCCGCAGGCGGCCGAGUGGACUAUGAGCCUCUUUCGGGCAUUCGCUAUAUGUGGUGGUACCACUUAGUCGGCCUCCUCUGGACUAGUGAAUUCAUUCUUGCGUGCCAGCAGAUGACGGUAGCGGGAGCAGUGGUCACUUCUUACUUCAACAGAAAUAAAAAUGAUCCUCCAGAUAAUCCGAUCCUGUCAUCUCUCUCCAUUCUCUUCUGUUACCACCAAGGAACAGUUGUGAAAGGGUCAUUUUUAAUCACUGUGCUAAGGAUUCCAAGAACCAUCGUCAUGUACAUUUCCAGCACUCUGAAAGAGAAGCAGCACAGCCUAUGCGCAAGGCGCACAUUCAAAUGUGGCCACUGCUGUUUCCAGUACCUCGACAAGCACCUGUGCCAUCUCAACCAGAAUGCAUAUACCACAACUGCCAUUAAUGGAACAGAUUUUUGUACGUCAGCAAGAGAUGCACUCAAAAUCUUGUCCAAGAAUUCAAGUCAUUUAACAUCUGUUAACUGCUUUGGGAACUUCAUAAUUUUUCUAGGAAAGGUGCUGGUGGUGUGCUUCACCGUCUUCGGAGGGCUGAUGGCCUUUAACUACAACCGUGCGCUCCAGGUGUGGGCAAUCCCUCUGUUACUGGUAGCGUUUUUUGCCUACUUAGUAGCCCACAGUUUUUUAUCUGUGUUUGACGCCGUGCUGGACGCACUUUUCCUCUGUUUUACUGUUGACCUGGAGACAAAUGAUGGAUCAUCAGAAAAGCCCUACUUCAUGGACCAAGAGUUCUGGAAUUUCGUACAAAAGACCAACAAAUUGCACGGUACAAGGGCAGAGGGAGACAAGAGCUCGCUAAGGAAUGAAGGGGGAACAGAACUCCAGCCCAUUGUGAGAUAAGUGCCUGAUAAUGUGUCCCAAGAGCUGAUUGUAGAUGGCCAGGCCUGGUGGACCCUGUUCUUUUAUUGUCUUUGUUGUCAUUCUUUGACUUUCUUACAUUAGUAGAACCAUGAAGUGUAGAGCUUUUUUGGACCAACUGGGAUGGAUAAACUCUUUCAAAACCUUGUUUAUAUGCAUCAAUUUAAAAAGCAUAUAUGUAAAAACUGUUUCUGAGGGCAAACAAUAAACCUUGGAUUUUUUCAAGUAA